AUGCCGGCUGCGCGCCCCAGGGCAUCCUUCGAGCCGAUACCACCAGACUUCGAUGUGCGCACCUUUGUGGAGAAUGCGGACAAUUUCCAAUAUGUCGACCGCAUUUCGUAUGAAAUGAUCGCCAACAACGGCAUCGAAGCCUUCGAGAAGCUCGUUUUGCUACACGUCGUCAUAGGCGGUAAACCUCUGGUAAUCGACGGCUUCGAGGAGGUGCUGGAUCCUUGGACUUUUACGCCUUCGUGGCUGCGUGACAACCAUGGCGACAAGGUCGAGAAUGCGCGAAAUCUAUCGACCAAGGAGAAUAUCCCUCUUACCAUGAAGCACUACCUCAAGCAUAUGACGAAGCUCACCGAGCAAUUCUUCGACGGCCCAGACGUAUACCGCGACAGAGCGAGGCAGCGAAUCUAUCUUAAAGAUAUCGACUGCCCUCAAGUAUGGCAUGAUAAGCUGAAAGAGCACAUCCCUUCGGGGCUUUUCUACCUCAACGAGAGCACAGGUGAACCUGGUGGUCCCGGUGCCAUGGACGAGUUGGGCGGUCGCAAAGGGCGAGGCAUUGGGCGGGCUGGAGACCUCAUGAGCAGCCUACCACCGGACAUGCGCGCCGAGAACCUCAUGUGCUACAUCGGCCACGAAGGCACCUACACCCCGUCUCACCGAGAGAUGUGCGCUUCUCUGGGUCAGAAUAUCAUGGUGAACGCUUCAGGCACUAUCAGUGAAGACGGCAAGCAGGAGCGUCCCGGGUCAUCUAUAUGGUUCAUGACUGAAAGCAAAGACCGCCAUGUGGUUUCCGAGUAUUGGCUUUCGGUGCUGGGCCAUGACAUAGAAGUGGAGAACCACUUCGCACAGCUCAUCGCCUGGAAGAAGGCUCCGUUCCAGACUUAUGUCGUGGAGCAACGGCCGGGCGACUUCAUUCUCAUCCCACCACUGGCGCCUCAUCAAGUAUGGAAUCGGGGUACCCGUACUAUGAAGAUCGCCUGGAAUCGCACAACCGUCGAGACCCUAGAACUCGCGCUGAACGAAGCAUUGCCCAACUCCCGAGUCGUUUGUAGAGACGAGCAAUACAAGAACAAGGCCAUUAUCUACUACACCCUCUUAAAGUACUCCAGUCUCAUCAAGUCUGCCCGCGCACAAGUCGAAGCAGGAGGUGAACAAGCAGUUGCGAUCCAAUGCUCUGUCAGAAUAAAGCAAGUCCAGAAAGACUUCAAGAAGCUCUUCGACCUCUACAAGAUUGUACUGCUGUCCGAGAUGUUCGUACAAGAUUCACGAGAACACCCUGAAUUUCUCCCUUACGACAGCAACGUAACUUGCGCGUAUUGUAGAUGCAACAUCUUCAAUCGCUUCCUUAGCUGCAAAUCGUGCAAGAACCUGUUUAGUUCCGAGAUCGAGGAGCCAUACGACGUUUGCAUGGACUGUUACUGUAUGGGUCGAAGCUGUGGAUGUCAAUCGGGGUACACAUGGGUUGAGCAAUGGAAGUGGAAGGACCUCGUUCAUAAAUAUGAGGAGUGGCGCGCUCAGAUUAUUGACAUCGAUGGCUAUGUCCAUGAGAAAACUCCGCUUCCGUUACAAGAAGAGCGAAGAUAUCUCGGCAAGAAGACCUUGGCCCAGGUCUGUCAAGAAGAAUUACGAGUUCGGCCGUUUGUGGAUAUCAAGAACCCGCAGCCUGAGGCCGUAUCUGACGACGAGGAACCUGUUGUUGACAAAUACGGCAACGUCAAGAAGAGUGCGAACAAGAAAUCGAAGCAGUGGCUCUCAAAGCACAAAUCCUGCCAUUUCUGUCUCCACCGACAUCCGAAAUGGAAGAUGGCAUUCUGCUCAAGCUGUGAUCUGGCCUAUUGCUACGGCACGCUAUUCCGAGCGCACGAUACAAUGCCGGUAAAUAUCAUGGAAGCUUUCAAUUGGAAGUGCCCUCAUUGUAUGAGAGUUUGCAAUACAGGUGCUUGCCGACGUGAUCCCCGACAACAUCCAUACGAGCCUAAAGGAACUUUGCUAGGUCACGAUACCAAAAAAGUGGCAGAUCCACGCUCAGUAGAGUGUCUCGUCGACUUUAGUGUCUCUAACCUGAACUGGCUAAGAGAAGAAGAAGGCAUGGUACAGAAUGCAAUGCAACGACGAAUGCAGCAGGCGGAGAUAGACAAGAUGGCGGAUCCUUCCCUCGAUGCGAGAUUUGUCGAAGACGAUGACCAGAACUACACCCGAUACGGCAUCACGUAUUCUCCUAUGGAGGAUGCUAAUGGUGUUCCUGAUGAAAACGGUGAUGGGGGUGUGAGCGGUGCUCCAUACUAUCACGAUCCCGGCAUGGCUGGAGAAAUUCCUCGUUUGGGUCAGAAGCGUGGUCGCGAAGAACAUGAAGAAGCAGAGAGUAGCCACCGGAAAAAGACCAAGGCAAACAAGCAAAAGAAGAAGAAGAAGGACGAUGAUGCUUCGCCCUUACAACCAAAGAACGCAUCUGGCAAGCAAUAUCAGAAAGAGGUCCAGAGGAAACUGCUCGAAGACGCUAAACGCGAAGACAGAUUCAUCUUGGUUGCCGCAAAGAUGAAAGGCAAAUCAAAAGUGGUGAAGCUGUCUUUGGCUACUGGCCAUCUUGACCGGAUUCGUCAAAGACUAGUUCCCACGCGCGCACCAACCGUACAAGGUACUCCAGAGGAAGCCGAUGCGUCUGGUGACAUGCAGUCUAUCUUACAAUCCGAUGUUGUACCGAAGCCUAACGCCCUGAAGAGUGGGGCCGAGAAGGAUAAGGACGCGAAGACAUAUCGUGUUCGUGUAGAAGAGGACGAGGCGUACUCCACACGCAAGCGCAAUCCAGAAAUUAAUGGCUCCGCGAAACCUGGAAGGCCUCGUGGCUCUAAACGUUUCGAAGAGAUCACACUCGAUUCAGACGAAGAGUUUGGCGGUGAUAACGAUGAGCCUGAAUACACUGGUCGCCCACGUGGUCGCACGUCAAACUGGUUGGCCCGGAGGAAUGAAUACGAGGACGCCCUGCCCACUGAACUGCCAUCCGACUUCAGAGACGGAGCUAUAAGGCCCAACCGGGAGAAAGACCGAGAGCGAAGCCGCUUGUACAACGAGCGUCGAAGAUCUUCGCCAAUAAAAUCGAAAGCUGGGAUCAGGCCUACGGAGUCAUCAUCAAAGGACCCAGAGUCAAACAGCACUGGCGAUGUGUCUGACCAUAUUUCUAAGCAAGACGACAUUUAUGAGGAGGAUAACUGUUCCAGCGAAGCGUUCAUCCCUUCACAACAAGCCGCUGCCGCUGCCCUGGAAGCUCAGCGUCAAGAGGAGAGGGCAAAGGCUCGUGCUGAAGCUGAAGCUAGGGAAGCCGAAGAGAACUUGCGAGCGAAGAUGGCGCUGUUUCCUGAAUCAGACGAUGACCAGCUGAUGGAUAACUUCCUCGCUGAUCUGUCUGCUGACGAUGAGCCGUUGCAAGGAGAGUCGGGACCUGUGGACAAGACACCAGAGCCUGUUCGUACAGGGCCACCCCCAUCGACCAAUUCCAUCUUGAGCAGACUCAACGGAAAGAAAAUCAAAAUUGUCGGACCAGCCUCUCGAAAGAACGGCAACAGAACAAGCAAGGUCACAACGACAACCCCUUCUGCGCCAGCACCGAAGUCUUCUGGUGUCAAUAGGAAGCCUCAGGCUAUAGAUGUAUCAGAUACUGAGAGCGAGGAUGAGGUUCCGGCAAGCGCACCAGCCCCCAAGAAGCCUCUCGGUAGACCAUCAGGCCGCCCUUCGAUGAUCCCUACACGAGGCUCUAGUUCUGGAAAGCGUGGUCGUGGACGUCCAAGAAAAACAAUGUAA